AUGUCUGGUAUCACACAGACUGCUCAGGAGAAAUUCGCUUACUUACGCAAACGUCUAGAUCAGCUUGGUUAUAAACAACCGUUGGGAUUGGAUUGUCUUCCGUUAGUGGAACGUCUCUUCUGUGAUUUAGUAUGGACAACCGAGAGUUUGCGAAAAGCCAAAUCGGAAUUGAAUUCACAAUUAAAAUUACGAACCACAGUAGAAGAUUAUGUCGCACCGUAUAAAUCAGACAAUGGCCGAUUGAUUAAGGAGAAUAAUGAAUUGCACCGACAAGUUUUGAACACACGA